AUGAAGCCACAGAUUGGAACACUCAAGGACAGUGAAGGUCAAGUCUGCAACUGGGUCAAGGAGACCAAGACUGGAAGUCGAGCACUACUGGUGGUCGGCGCAUGCGUGUUCCUGGCUUUGAUGACGGCCGCCAUCUUGGGCUCGGUGUAUAUGGGGUACUCCCUUCAUCCCCGGGGCUCUACUGGAAAACAACAGACGUACACGGCAGAUUUCUACCAGGACGGUGUCCACGUUGCCAAGGAGACGUUGGUCAUCACUGAACGUGAGGAAAUGUACGCCGCAACUAACGGCACCGUUGUCAAGGACUAUGAGACAGGAUUCGCAGUAUACAAGAUGAAUCAUCUCCCAGGUUGCUACCUGACCACAUUUAACAUGAGUGACAGAGAUAACUACAGAAGCAACGGCCAACAACAGUUAUCUGUUGAGGUAACCCACACCUCCAAGCAGCGCUACUCAGUGACGGACAUAAUCGUUAAUAGGGCGGUGCUGGGACCGCAGGCGGCCACCAUGUGCGCCGAAAGAGAUCUUUACAUGCUCCGACAACAAACAACUUCAGAUGGUUAUGACAUAUCACCACCAACUGCACCAAGCUUCUCCUCGGACAUGGGGGCUUCUUCGUCACUCAUGGUGACAGAAAGCAACAACAACAGAAGGUAUAACAAACCCAGAAUGAAGAAAUGA